AUCUUUAAUCUCCGUUUAUAUGUGGCGGGUGAAGCUGGGCUGAUUCGGAGUGGAAUCAGGAGUUCGGUAUAGCAGGAGAUUGGAUGGGUUUGUCGGCAUCAACGCGAGUGAAGAACAGCCUGUCCCAGUCGCCGGAAUUCGAGUCAGCAUGCGAGGCGGCCUUCUCAUACUGCCUCUCUCAAACGCAGCAUGCUUUCCAAGGCGUCUUCCCUUAUCAACUCCACGCCGCCUCCGAUUACAUCCAUUCUCUUCUCUCCGACGCCCACCCCCACCGUCUCAUCCUCAGGUGGCUUUCCGCUCCACCCGCCCGCUCCCAGGUCGAUUCCGCCCUCCGAUUCAUCACUCCCGACGACCACCACGAUGCGCUACUCGGGCCCCUCCAGUUUAAGGCCUGGGCCCUCCACCUCUACACUGACGCCGUCCUGUCUAGUGCUGGCAAAGCCCUUCUAUUCCGUGUUCCCAUUGGAGUCGCUGGGAUAGCUGGCAUCGGAGCUCUCACUCGCUCCGGUAAUCGAUUCGUUGGCACUGCUAUCGGGGCCUACUCUCUUGGCGUCGCCUUCUCUAUACUUGCUGGUCUGUCCGGAUGAUAAUGUCUUCUCUUUUGCCAACCAUAAGAUCCGUCAUGGAGAGAAAUCACUGAUAUGUCCACAUUAUCUGGAUGCUCGGCCGUUAGCUGUUCAGCCAUUCGCCUGCCACAGCUUUGUAUCACCUUCUUCUAGCUGUAUAGUUGUUUAUAAUUAUAAUUGUUGUGUGUUGCCAUGGCUUUAUGCCAAGCUUAUUAGCAUACCAUAGCUCAUCACUUGUGUUUCCUUGAAAGACGAGGAGUUGCUAGAAUCUUCCAUGAGAUGAUAUAAACCUGUGUGGAUUAUCUCCUUUGCAGUAGCCACUGUUCCUUCAAAUACUCGGCUCCGCCAUCUUGUCUUCCAUAAUAGCCAGCAAAUUUGUCCAUAAACUUUUUAUUCAAGGCCAUCAGUUGAAUAUAUCUUUUCCUUGGUUACG